CUACCUAACAAGGCUACGCUACCUAACAAGCCUUAGUAAAAGAGGAAUCGAGAAGAGAAGAGCUUCACCGAGCGAUCGCAAACAAUGGGAGACGAAGUGAUCCUUAUGAGUUUCUGGUCGAGCAUGUUUGGAAUGAGGACGAUGAUCGCGUUAGAGGAGAAAGGAGUGAAGUACGAGUAUAGAGAAGAGGAUGUGAUCAAUAACAACAAGAGUCCCUUGGUUCUGGAGAUGAAUAAAAUUCACAAAAAGAUCCCCGUGCUAAUCCACAAUGGUAAACCGGUUUGUGAAUCCAUCAUCCAAAUCCAAUACAUAGACGAAGUCUGGUCCGACAAGAACCCAUUCCUGCCUACCGAUCCUAUACAAAGAGCUCAAGCCUUAUUUUGGGCCGAUUUCAUCGAAAAGAAGCUGUUCCGUUGUGGGAGAAAGACUUGGGCAACGAAAGGUGAGGAGCUAGAAGCAGCCAAGAAAGAGCUUAUUGAAGUACUCAAGACUCUUCAGUCUGAGCUAGGAGAUAAACCUUACUUUGGCGGCGAUACAUUCGGGUUUGUAGACAUUGUGCUGAUUGGAUUCUAUAGUUGGUUUCCAGCAUACCAGAAGUUUGGUAACUUCAGCGUUGAACCAGAGUGUUCGAAACUGAUGGCUUGGGGAAAGAGGUGUAUGCAAAGAGAGUGUGUGGCUAAGGCUUUGCCUGAUUCUGAGAAACUUUUUGGUUACGUUUUACAGCUUAAGAAGGUUUAUGGAGUCCAGUAAGAGAAGAUCUCUUCCAUUCCCGUUUUCUCUUCUGUUUAGCUAAUAUUGUUUGUCUUGUGUUUAUUUUAAAGGCGUACUGUAGAGAGAAUCCAUAGAUUGUUAAACAUACAGACAAAUAAUUAUUUCCUUUUGAUCUUA